AUGGCUGCUGUCGCUGCUGCAUUAGAAUACAUCACAGUCCCAGCAGUCAAAAAACACACUGCAACGGUCAUAUUUGUUCACGGUCUAGGCGAUUCAGGUCAUGGAUGGAAACCUGUAGCAGAGAUGUUCUCAGCAGAUCCUAGUCUAAGUCAUGUCAAAUGGGUCCUUCCACAUGCCCGUCCCCGCCCCGUCACUGCGAACAUGGGGAUGGUCAUGCCCUCUUGGUUCGAUAUCAAAUCCUUCACUUUCCGAGCCGCCGAAGACGAGGAGGGAAUGAUGGAAUCUGUCCGUUAUCUUACGACACUCAUUGAUGCUGAGGUCGCCUCUGGUCUUCAACCCGAGCGCAUCGUUCUCGGUGGAUUCAGUCAAGGGGCUGCAUUGUCCCUGUUGACUGGACUUACAUUGAAAGAGUUGAAGCUCGGAGGGGUCGUCGUCUUGAGUGGAUGGCUUCCACUUCGAGAGAAGUUCAAAGCGUCAAUGUCAAGCCAUGCAACCUCCUUACCAGUAUUCUGGGGACAUGGUACUUCAGAUCCUCUCGUUCGCUUGGAACUCGCGAAAGCAUCUGUUGACGCUCUGAAGUCAUUCGGUUUCACUGUUACUAGCGGGAUAAGCGAGAUUAAAGGACUAAGCUACAACACUUAUUCCGGAGUGGAACACAGUGCAGACCCGAAGGAGCUUCAAGAUCUUGAGGGGUGGAUAAGCAAGGUGCUUCCUGCUUUGUGA